CUGGACGCGGCUGUUACUGCAGGAGAGAGCUGCGUAUCUCAAACCGGAAGUUUAAAUGCUGAAUAUUUUAAAUGAAAAGUGAAACUGCUGUGAAUUAGGCCAUGUCUAAAAACCAACAGACCUAGCAACAGACCCGAGCUCAAAGUUUUUAUAAUUAUUAUUAUUAUUUUGAUUCGACUGAACUGUGUACCGGCGCUGGGUUACAUGUCGUUCUGUUUCGUGUUUAUAGCGCUGUAUACUUAUCUGUAAUAAUCAUGUUUACUAUCUUCAUUUUCACUUCUCUGCUCGCUUUGGCACACGGUGUGUUGGUUGCAGAUGUAGUUCUGUCCUGCUCCUUUAUUGAGGAGGGAGGAGGAAUGACUGGUGCUCACUUCAUACGCUCCCCUGCCACUGUCGUACUAAAAGACCUUCCUAUGAACUCUGACCUCUCCCCAGAAACCAUCACCCCCUACAUUCCCCCUACCAUCCCUAACGCAGAUGACCUUAUUUUUGAGGCCACAUCUUCAUCUGUGGAGAUUCCUGAAGCAGAAUCUCUUCUCCAUGCUGACUGUAAUGAACAGGAAGUGACUUGUGAAUUAAGUCAUUAUAUUCCUCGUGGCACAAACCCGGAUUCCGUACCCGCUCAUUUCAUUGCCUCGGUUCAACUUGAAGGAGGAGGAGUCGGCUUUACGCUGGUGCUACAGACAAUAGCCAAUGAGAACACGGAAUCAAAUACGGCAUCAUUAAUACAGAGCAAACUUCAGCUUCCUCUCAGCCAGUCGGGAACUCUGAUCACAGAGGCUGUGUUUGUGGUGUUCUCUCGCUCGCCCUCCAUUGCAGUCCCUAUAGGAGAGGACAUUGUGUUAGAUUGUGGUUAUAGGCAAAGGGACACACCCACAGAGCGAAAUGUGGGUCUUGAGUGGCGGUGGCAGUACAGAGGACAAGGACGGACUAUUCUGGAUAUGAAAGAGACUGAGGCAGGAACACUUGUGGAGGUUGAUCGAGAUGGAGCAAGUGCAAACUCAACUUUACUAGUCUUAAAUGGAAAUGCAUCUUUGACCAUGAAGACAGUAAAGGUCUCAGAUGAGGGCACAUACAUCUGCACUAUUAACUCUGAACCCUUUCAGACCCAGCAAAUAGUUCAGCUGAAUAUUAUACAACCUCCCAGAGUUUUUUUUGUAGAAAACAAAAUUACAUUUCAAGAUGAAACACCAAAGAGACUGAGUUGCCACUGUGAGCGGUAUUACCCCCUAGAUGUAACGGUGGAGUGGUUUUCUCAACCCUCCGCUGGGACAGAGAACAUCUCCCGCACAAAGGAAGCCUCUCUCUCCAGUCAUCGGCAGCACAAUGAUGGGACGUACUCUCUCUCAUCCUUCCUCAUUGUCCGCCCCUCGGAACACCCUCCUGGCACUGUGUUCACCUGUAGGGUUUCUCAUGUUGCCCUGCAAACUCCCAGGGAUGUUAGCCUGACCAUAGUCGCACCUGAGCCAGGUCAAUUCACCAGCCUGGGAGAAUACUACUGGAUGAUUCUGGUAACACUGAUUUUGUCGGUACUGUUCUUAUAUCAAGCAUUCAGAUCCUGAAGAUAUGAAAGGGUGUCAGGGUGGCUCAGCAGAGGGAGCCGCACAACUCCAGGACAUUAAUCUGAGCUCAAGUUACUGCCUGGGCAGGUUCACUUCUGUUUGUGUGUGUGUGCAAUUUUAUGGUGCAAGUUCAAUCAACUCCCAAGAAGCAACUUUUUUAAACAAAAAAUUUUUCUUUAGUUUAAAAAAAACUAAAAGACCUAAAAGGUUUUCUUUUGAUUAUUGCAGUCAAAUAUUAGUGUUAGAUUUUUAAGUAGCACAGUACCGUAUUAGUUGGCUGCAUAAAUAUCUUUCAAGCAAAGGAAUAACUUUGUUAAAAGAAUGUAUUCACAAGGGCAGUAAGAUAAAGUGUGUGUGUGUGUGUGUGUGUGGGUGUGUGUGCGCACGCACGCAUGCACAGGCACCUACAGUGUACAGCAGUGGUCUCCAAACUUUUUUGAACCGUGGACCAGUUUUAUGGAACACAAUUUUUCACGGACCGGCCAUCGCCACACACAAUAACACAGAAUUGUGAGAGCCCUGAGCUUUUUCCCCUGCGACAGCCAGUCUCAUCUAGAGUAAUGGGAGCUAAUCACACCUGAAGCGUAUUCCUUAUGUCCAGUCUGCUUCAUAAUUUAGUUUUUGUUGCCGUUUCACAAAGAUAGGAUGUUCAAAAUGGAAGCAGGGUUUUUAGUGCUUUUGCAGAUAUCUCAGGAUAUUCUGCUAUGAUUUUAAUCCAGAAUGAAGAAGAGAUGAAGUUGUCUCAAAUACCCUUUUAAGGACACACCUUUUAUACAGAGCAGGCUUAGAGCAAGUAAAUCACCUGUUGCGAUAAACCCGUAAAUUAGAUAAGACUCCUGGCAACAAGUUAAGUUGUACUGUAUAUACUGGUAUGCUUGGCGUUUGCUUUUAAAUGCAGCUUUCUUUUUGUUUAUGGGUUCAGAGUCUCCAGAGACAUGUUUUUCUUUUUAACUCAUUUUAGCCAGUGUUAGCUUGUAGGAUUAACUUAGUUUUAUCCGCCAUCAAAACCAAUACAGCGAGAAAUAAAUGGAAGGUGACCCAAUCAUGUUUUUUUAUUAUUUAUUUAAAUUCUUUCUGCGGCACAGUAGCAAAUCAUCCAUAGCCUGGUACCAGACCGAGGCCUGGAGGUUGGGGGCCACUGGUGUACAGUAAAGUGACUACUGAUGUAAUAUUGCAUAUGGAUGCCAAUUUAAGUUGAAUUAAGUUAAAAUGUGAACACUGUAAAUAUAUAGACCUCUUGUUAAAAGUCUGAAACUCAUGGACUCAA